GACAGAUAUAUGUCUUUUCAUUUGAUUAUAGGUAUGAGCAGUCCUUCAGCUCCAUCUACUGGACACCUGUAGAUAUUCCCUGGUGUUAGUUAUUUGUUUAAUAAAGUUAGCUAUUGACCUUUGAUGUCAUAACUCCAGGUCACAGGAAGUAGGUGUUUCCAGCCUGUGCAGUUUAUCUCACGUGCUUUCAGCUUUCUCCAUGCUAAACAGGCCCUAUGCAGCAUUGUUGUUUUACCCUUUCAUCUUCAAAUACUCAUUAAACAAGUUAACAACUUACACAGUGUGGUGUUUUGAAGAAGGGUUAUCUGCCUGUCAAUCUUACUUCAGACAGUGAGCAGGACAGAACAGUAGACAACGCCACGCAUAGCUGAUGCAAUACAGCACAGUAAAACAACAGCCGGUAUCAAGAGGCCCACACGCAGAGUGGAUUAGCAAGUACCACAGAGAUACAGUACAGCUUCAGUUAACAUAGUACCACGUGCUAACUCUUAUCAAGAUUAGACAGCAAGAUGUCUGAACGAUCAAUCAAGAACAGAUCUAGGGUGUCACAUUCAUCCAGACUCUCAAACCGCUCCCAGGUAUCUGACGCUGCGCUUUUCCGCGCAGAAGCUGCCGCUGCACUAGCUCAACUCACAUUUACUGGGAAGGAAACAGAGCUAAAAUUAGAGAAGACACGCUUAGAAGCUUCAAUAGAGAUUCUUAACUUACAUAAGACCGUGGCAAUCGCAAAUGCCAAAGCAGAUGCAUUAGAUGCAGCUCUUGACACUACAGAACAAGCAAGUCAGAAAUUCACUAUGCAGCCUGAUGUAAAACCAGAAACUGCUAUGCAACGUACCAAAGAAUAUGUGCUGGAACAUUCACAGGAGUACAGUCCAUCAAUGCCAAGCCUAGAAAAGCUUAGUGAGUACAGAGACAGUGAUGUUAUCCCAUCAUUUGAGCAAAAUCAUAGUAUACCUCUCCAGAACAUUCCCUUACAAUGUGACUACAUCUCACCACCAGAUGGUGCUCUGUUACAAGAACAAAAGGAUUUCAAACAAUUGUAUCCUGUUAAUGUGAAAACUCCUGCAGCCCGAGACUAUAAUGACAUUCAGUGGACUUCACCUGUUACUAAUAAAUACAGCUAUCCUCCUGUUACACGGCCAGGGGUUCCUGAUAGAGACAGUCAUUCUCCAGAGGGAUCAUACCAGCACACACCAAAUGUGAAGCCAGCGCUCCCUAUUAAGCCUGAUUCAAACCAACUUAGUGAGAUUUAUGGCGCGCAGAGAAAUGAUAACAUCAGGUCUUGUUCAGUUUGAUGACAAACCAGAAAACUACAGGGCUUGGAAGGCGUCAUUUAAAAAUGCUAUAGAAGACCUUCAUCUUUCAUACAAAGAAGAAACAGAUCUCCUAGUGAAGUGGCUAGGUCCAGAGUCCAGCAGACAAGUAAAAGGCAUUCGGGCAGUAUAUGUCAAUGAUUCUUGUAAAGGACUACAGAUGUCAUGGCAAAGGUUGAACGAAGAUUAUGGAGCUCCAGAGAAGAUAGAAAAAUCCCUGUGGGACAGGAUUGACAACUUUGGGAAUAUCUUUGAAAGAGAUUGCAGCAAGAAACUUAGAGAAUUCAAUGAUCUGGUAAUAGAACUGUUGGCAGCAAAAAAUGAAGGAUGCUUUCUAGGACUAGGUAAUCUUGAUUCCGCCAGAGGAAUAGAAGACCUUGUAAAAAAGCUGCCAGAUUCUCUAAAAAGGAAAUGGGCAUCCCAUGGGACCAAGUACAAGGAAAUACAUAAUGUACUAUUCCCGCCAUUCUCUUAUUUCGUGCAAUUUAUCUCUCAACAAGCAAAGAUGUACAAUGACCCAGGUUUUGCUCAGACGUUCCAGACCUUUGGUGACAACAAGCCAGAGAAAUACCGCUACAAGAACACCCCUCAGAGAAGCUCCAUCAGGGUGCACAAGACCGAAGUAUCUCAAGCUACAGGAAACUCUUCUGCUUUCACUGAUGCUAAGACCAUGGACAUAACAAAAGGAUGUCCGAUUCAUCACAAACCUCAUCCUCUGUACAAAUGCCGAGGCUUCAGAAGUAAGUCCCUUGAUGAGAGAAAGACUUUCUUAAAACAAAACGAUAUUUGUUACCGUUGCUGUGCCUCCAAUGCACACCUUGCGAAAGACUGUGACAAACCAGUUAGCUGCACGGAGUGCAACAGUGACAGACACGUGUCUGCUCUUCAUCCUGGUCCUGCACCAUGGUCAGUCAGGCCGCCAGAAGGGAGUGAUCAUGGCGGGGAGGGAAAGGACAACGGUGCAGAGGCUACAGUAACUACAACAUGUACCGAAGUGUGUGGAGGAGAUCUUCGAGACAGAUCGUGCUCUAAAAUCUGUCUAGUCAGUGUCUAUCCUACAGGACAAAAGAACAGAGCAAUCAAACUUUAUGCUAUUCUAGAUGACCAAAGUAAUAGGUCCCUGGUCAGGUCAGAGUUCUUUGAAAUCUUCGGGUCAAAAGGCCAGCAGUUUCCAUAUUCUCUCAGAACCUGUGCAGGGGUGAUUAACACUUCAGGAAGGAGAGCGCAAGGGUUUGAACUACAGUCUCUUGAUGGCAAAACCACAAUCUCAUUACCCACACUCAUUGAAUGUAAUGAGAUACCGAACGACCGGACGGAGAUCCCAACCCCUGAGGUGGCUCUUCAUCACAAACAUCUAAAGUCACUUGCUAGUGAGAUACCCAAACUUGAUCCAUCAGCAUCUAUCCUUAUGCUGUUAGGAAGAGACAUAAUUAGGGUCCAUAAAGUGAGGCAACAGAUCAACGGACCACAUAACGCUCCUUAUGCACACAGAUUAGAUACAGGAUGGGUCAUAGUGGGCAAUGUAUGCCUGAAAGGAGUCCAUAGACCAGACUUAGUACACUGUCUUUACACCAGAACCUCAGAAGAGAGCUGCAGAUCCCUCUUUCCACCUUGUCCAUACUUCUACAAUGUGAGGGAAAACUAUGACAUGAAUGUAUGUGUAACCAUGCAAUCCUCAGUGUCUAUGUACAAAUCCUCUUGCAAAGAGUUUGAGGAUCAUGUAAGCCACAGUAUCUUUCAGAGAACAACAGAAGAUGAGACGUUUGCUCCUUCUCUGGAAGAUCUUGCCUUUAUGAAAACAAUGAACGAGGGUUUCUACAGAGCAGAAGACAGUAGUUGGGUAGCUCCUUUACCCUUCAAACCACAAAGAAAGCAGCUACCAAAUAACAAAGAACAAGUCUUGCAACGUUUCAGGUCCUUACAGAGGUCUUUUAAAGUAAAACCUGAGAUGAGACAGCAUUUCUUUGCAUUUAUGGGAAAGGUUGUGGGGUAUCCCUGAAUGACAUUCUGUUGAAAGGCCCAGACCUAAAUAAUAACCUCCUUGGUGUGUUGUUAUGCUUUCGCAAGGACACCAUUGCAUUCAUGGCUGAUAUCCAACAGAUGUUCCACUGUUUUCUAGUUAGACCUGAAGACAGAAAUUACUUAAGGUUCUUCUGGCACAAAGACAACGACCCUGCACAAGACAUCAUAGAAUGGAGAAUGAAAGUACAUAUCUUUGGUAACAAACCUUCUCCAGCAGUGGCCAUAUAUGGUCUUAAACAAGCAGCUUGUCAGGAAGAAAAGGAGUUUGGUACAGACGCUAAAAGAUUUGUGAAAAAAGACUUUUACGUGGAUGAUGGUCUGAAGUCAGUACCCACUGCAGCUGAAGCCAUUGACCUCUUGAACAGAACCAGGAAAAUGCUAGCAUGUUCAAAUCUCCGCUUACAUAAGAUAGCAUCAAAUAGCAGUGAUGUAAUGGCUGCUUUUCCUUCUGAAGAUCACGCAACAGACUUAAAAGAUCUCAAUUUCAAUGAUGAUGAUUUACCCAUGCAAAGAAGCUUAGGCAUCUGCUGGGAUCUUAAAAGCGAUUCCCUGACAUUCCAGGUGUCAUCAGAGAAAAGACCCUUCACACGAAGAGGAGUCCUCUCUACAAUAAACAGUUUGUAUGACCCUUUGGGGAUAGCUGCACCAGUAACCAUUCAAGGGAAAGCUCUUCUUCGUGAUCUCACCUCGGAGACUCAAGAUUGGGAUGCACCCCUACCUGAAGGUAAGAGACUGUCAUGGGAAGAUUGGAAAGAGUCCCUUCACCAGUUGAAGCACAUACAGGUAACUAGACCCUAUGUAUCCGUUUCUUGUUCAAAUGCCAAAUACAAAGAACUUUGUGUGUUUUCAGAUGCCUCCACGCAAGCAAUUGCAGCAGUGGCCUACUUAAAGGCGAUAGAUUCUGAAAGUCAGGUCCACAUAGGUUUUGUGCUAGGAAAAGCUAAAUUAGCUCCAUGUCCGGAACUUACAGUCCUACGACUUGAACUCUGUGCAGCAGUCCUCGCAGUAGAUAUAGCUGAAUUCAUAACAAAAGAAAUCGACACAAAUAUAGACUCUGUCAGCUACUUCACAGACAGCAGAAUAGUUUUAGGCUACAUUUGCAAUGAAAAAAGAAGAUUUUAUGUCUUUGUUAGCAACAGAGUUCAGCGAAUAAGAAGAUCCUCUCUCCCUGAACAAUGGCACUAUGUGUCAACAGAGAGCAAUCCAGCUGAUCUGGCCACAAGAUCUGUAUCAGCAGCACACCUGAAAGAUACUAUGUGGUUCACAGGUCCACCCUUCUUGAGUCAUUCUCACCACUCCACUUGAAACUAGAGACUGAAACCUUUACAUUAGUGGAUCCGGCUCAAGAUACAGAGAUUCGUCCACAAGUUACAACCUUGAGUACAACAUCCAAAGAUAAAGAACUAGGGUCUGAACGUUUUUGCAGGUUCUCUAGCUGGAAUACUUUGACUAGAGCAUUAGCACGCCUCAUUCAUGUAGCUCAUCUGUUCAAACAAAAAGGAGACAGCCAACUUGAUCAUUGUAAGGGCUGGCACCUUUGCAGAGAACUAAACUUGGUGCAUGACUUUAAGAAAGCUAGAUCAGUCAUCAUACAGUAUGUUCAAAAAGAGACUUUUGCAAAAGAAAUACAGAGCAUUGUAGAAAAGGAAGGCAUGCCAAAUGAUAGUCCUCUCAGAGCAUUGGACCCUUUCAUAGAUGAAAAUAGACUACUGAGAGUAGGUGGUCGCUUGAGAAAUGCAGACCUAGGACCAGAGGAGAGAAAUCCAAUUAUUGUGCCUGGUCAUCACUACAUAGCUACCCUCAUUGCUCAUCACUAUCACAUCCAGUCAACAAACCAAGAGGAAUGAAUGGCCUAUGGGUGGUGUAACAAAGACUUUCCCUGAUAAAGAUGGCAAAGUUCGCAAAGUGGAAAUAAAGAUUGCCAGAGAUGGGAGUUCUACAUUAUUCUUCAGACCAGUGACAGAGCUCAUCCUUCUUCUUCAGUCUGAAGACCCUGCUCCCUGAUUGGACUAGAAUGAUUGUGGUGAUCUUACAGACACCAGGCGGGGAGUGUGCUGUCAGGACAGAUAUAUGUCUUUUCAUUUGAUUAUAGGUAUGAGCAGUCCUUCAGCUCCAUCUACUGGACACCUGUAGACAUUCCCUGGUGUUAGUUAUUUGUUUAAUAAAGUUAGCUAUUGACCUUUGAUGUCAUAACUCCAGGUCACAGGAAGUAGGUGUUUCCAGCCUGUGCAGUUUAUCUCACGUGCUUUCAGCUUUCUCCAUUCUAAACAGGCCCUAUGCAGCAUUGUUGUUUUACCCUUUCAUCUUCAAAUACUCAUUAAACAAGUUAACAACUUACACAGUGUGGUGUUUUGAAGAAGGGUUAUCUGCCUGUCAAUCUUACUUCAGACAGUGAGCAGGACAGAACAGUAGACAACACCACGCAUAGCUGAUGCAAUACAGCACACUUAAAGUUCAUUUUCUGCUAAGAUCUUAUAGUAUAUGGCUUGAAAAAUUACAACUGCAACUCUCACACUACACAUCUGAACUCCAUAAAUUCAAGAAGCAGAAAGUACAGACUGUUGCCAUUGACUACCAAAGUAGAAGGGUAUACAGGGGGCUGACUGGGGGGGAAACAGGGGCCCAAUUUGACCCAGCUAAACCCCAGAGGUCCACUCACCGAUUUCAGUUAGACUCAUCCCCCUACACAACCCAUUCCUCUGACAGUGAUACCUCCAGAAGGGGGAGGGGGAGGGGGCGACCUCUCUAUACUCGGACCUUUGACCCUACCCUCUCUAUUAGUGAUUUUGGUUCUCCUUCCACCCCAGAACCCCCCACCACUUUUUUAGGACAACCCACCCCUUCCGGAAACAGGGGCACCCACAUAAGAGAAGGGGUGGGCGGCAACACAAGAGCCACACGGGCACUAAGAUCUCAGAAAAAGUAAUUUUUAAUUUGAGCACACAUACCCUCACUGAAGCAGAAAUGAGCCUCCUGUCCAAAGGUUUGUCCUUUGUACCUUCUAAUACAACACAACCACUAGACAUACUCAUAGAUAUUCACAGCUUCCAACGCACACUGAAACUUAAAGAACACUUUAGGAUCCCCGGACAACAAUCCACUAAGUUAAAAGCUCCGAGUACAUUUGAACCCACGAACACACUUAAGUCCAUAGAGGCAUUCACACGGCUAAUGGUGGAUGAGACAAAGAAAAUAUACCCUCAUUCUGGUUAUUAUCCAAACUUGAAGAGGAGUGAAAGAGAAGCAGUACAUAGCCUAGCCAAUAACCCUAACAUAGUUAUCAGACCAGCAGAUAAGGGUGGUUCUAUCAUGAUUCAAAAAUAUACAGAUUACAGGGCCGAAAUUGUCUGACAACUGACAGAUAUACAUACAUAUCACCAAUUACCUAGAGACCCGACAGUGGAGUUCAAAAAAUAGAUUGACGUUUUUUUACAGAUGGGGCUAACCAUGGGGACAAUAUCUGACGUUACCUUUAAUUAUUGAAGCCAAGAUUUUCCAAUAUGCCCCAUUUUAUACACGCUACCCAAAAUACACGAAAAUAUAACAACACCACCAGGUCGUCCGAUUGUCAGUGCAAGAGGGUCUAUCCUACAACCACUGGCCAUAUUCGUUGACCGUUACUUACAGCCCCUAGUAUAGAAUUCUCCCUCGUACAUUAGGGACUCGGGUGACUUUCUUAACAAAAGUCCACUCCACUCCCCCUGAAUGCCAGUUUGGCCACCAUGCAUGUCUCUUCCCUGUAUACAGUUAUCCCGACAACUGAGGGCCUUAACGUGGUAAGAGAAGCCCUCAUAAGUAACCCGCAGACCACCAACCGAGUUUUUGAUUCAACUUCUACAAUUCUGUUUAACCCUCGAUUACUUUAAGUUUGAAAAAUCAUAUUUCCUCCAGCUGAGUGGCACCAGCAUGGGGUCCAACGUCGCACCCUCAUUUGCUAAUUUAUUUAUGACCUACUACGAACAGACCUACAUCCUUCCGAGGUAUGGAGUUCACAUUCAUAAACUUUUUCGCUUUAUUGACGAUCUGUUUCUGAUAUGGACUGGUACUAUGGGUGAAUUUACACAGAUGGUUGAAGAGCUAAAUACAUUACCUACGACGAUUCGUUUUACAGCUGAACUAGAUGCACAGAAAAUCUCCUUCCUGGAUUUGUCACUCACACUGGCCAACUCUACAUUACACACCACCACAUACCUGAAGGUAACGGAUCGUAAUACUCUAUUGCAUAAUACUUCCUGCCACCCUCCACAUUUAUUGAAGAGUAUUCCCUAUUCACAAAUGGUGAGGAUGGUCAGAAACAACUCACACCCCACACAACUCAAUAGACAACUUGAUGAACUCAUUGACCGGUUCUGUGAGAGAGGCUAUGAUCGCCAUGACCUCCUCACUUGUAAAGACAGGGCGCUGUGCCUGAACCAACAAAUCUUACUCCAAAAGAACACUUCAAACCGCACCAGCUCUAAUGUGGACCAAUUGACAUUCUUAACCACAUAUACACCCGACAAGCAACCAUUUAUACAAUCUAUUUUCAACCACUGGUCUGUAUUAGCAAAAGAUAAAACCUUACCCCCUAGUUUCAGAAUCCCCCCACGUAUUGCAUACAGACGCAGUAAGAGUCUGAGGGAUUUACUAGUCAAAACAGACCCAUCACACUGCUACCAGGCAGAAAAAUCGUCCACCUGGCUACAUACCACCAGACUGGGCUGCUAUAAGUGCCCUUCAUGCACUACUUGUGGGAACCUCAUUACUGGGUCCAGUUUUAACCACCCACAUACAGGCAAGACUAUUCAUAUCAAGCACAGACUGACCUGCACAUCUAAAUUUAUUAUAUACUUUAUUAAAUGUCCUUGUGGUUUAUUCUACAUCGGGAAGACCAUCACUACUUUUCGUGACCGCAUGGCCAAUCAUCGAUCAGCUAUUAGGUUGGCCCUUGACAGUGGAAAAGCAGAUACUCCUCUUGCACAUCAUUUUCUGAAACAUCAACACUCAUUGGCCAGCCUGCGCAGUAUGGUUAUCGACCAUGUCCCACAACCAACACGAGGUGGCAAUCGAGAAAAACUAUUACUUCAAUUGAAACUCUGCUGGAUCCACAGGUUAAAUACAUUGAAUCCGAUGGGUCUUAACGAAUUGGUUUCGUAUUCAUCUUUUUACUUACCUUAAGGGUAUUACUUUACAUUAGGAAUUAAUGCAGUUGAAGGGAACAUUUUCGGACUGUUGGUAGUGUGUCUAAUACCAAUUCCGUUUGGUUGUUAUGAACUUGAUUAUUGAAUAUUGUUAACAUUUUUGGUACCGUGUUUAAUGUCUCUAGGAAAGAAAACAACACCUGCCUUGUGCCUUUUGAUUUUUUAUCCCUGAGGGGACUCAGAAGCAACAAAUGUUGUCCCUUAGGUUUAAUUUUACUUCUACUUUCGUACGUUUUAUGUACUGUGCUUCACUUUGUCACACUGUAUAUACUUUGUCUCACUCUACUUGAGCUGAUUGGGCUAUUGUAUCCAUGCACGGUGAGGUGUUUUGUCCUAUAGUAUCCAUGUUCUUUUCCCCCAUAUCCCUGACCAGGGUGUGUAUAUGACACCGUAUGUAAUAAUGUUCUCAAUAAUAUGUAAGAUAAUAAGAUAAUAAUAUAUCUUUGAAUUGGUUCACAGUUACCUCUUUAAUGUUAUUUUUUAUUUUAUUUUUGGGCAAUGCAGUGCACUAAAACUUGGGAAGGACUUUUCCCCACAGAACCGAUCAGGUGUUCUCCACUCCUAAUUUUAGCAGUCGCAGAUACUGUAAAGGAGGGACUCCUAGUUGACAUCAGCAUACAUUUUGUGGGAUCCAAAACCUGGCAAAUAUAAUUUUGAAUUACUAAAAGUAACCUAAACUCUUGACUCUUGCAGCCGCGGCGCUGUAAACUGAACUACACGGAACCUUCCCCCGUAGGGUUGUAUAACUUUGGACUACGAAGGGUGUCCUAAACUCAGGGCCGGAUUUCUAAACCAGCCGCCCCUAGGCUGCCCCCAGUCGCAAGCCCCCUCCCCCCGAGUGCGCAUGCGCGAACAGGAGGGUUACGUGCGCAUGCGCAAUGUGCGAAGAGCGCGGGGGGGUAGGGUUGCGCGCACGCAUGCGCGGUCGGCCAAAGUUGCAUACGGAGCAGUGGGGAGAAGUCCCCAUUGCUCCGUAUGUGAACAAAAAUUUUAA